UCAGACAAAAGGUGGUGAGUUUUCCCAGCGGUACCUCCUGGUGUUGAGUUGAGAGUCGUCUGGGAUUUCAGGUUUUUCCAGGUCAAAGUCAGCUGUGAUCAUCUUCUAUAAGAACUGCUUCCGGACAUGCAAAGGACUCUGCGAGUCCAUGAUCCCGCCGCUGCUCUGCUGGGACUGACUUGCCGAGGUUGUCUCAGCGGGAUGCUGAGUUUUCCUGGUCGUAGGUUCAGCUGUUCUUCACGGCGUGCAAGCAGGUGGAACAGCCAGGAGACCUGCAGCUCCCCGUCCCCUCAGAACAACACCCGUGUCCUCAUCACAGGUGGCCUUGGGCAGCUGGGUGUGGGACUCGCACAGGCACUCAGGAAACUGUACGGCACUGAAAAUGUGAUCCUGUCAGACAUUAAGAAGCCGCCGCCUCAUAUUGUCAGCAGCGGUCCAUUUGUAUAUGCUGACGUAUUGGACUAUAAACUCCUCCAUGAACUGGUUGUCAAUAACCGCAUCACUUGGCUUGUUCACUACAGCGCUCUGCUUAGCGUUGUGGGUGAAGCUAACGUGGCUUUGGCUCGCAAGAUCAACAUCACAGGUCUUCAUAAUGUUCUGGACUUGUCCUUGGAGAACUCUCUCCGGCUCUUUGUCCCCAGCACCAUCGGAGCAUUUGGUCCCUCUUCUCCACGGGACCCAGCCCCCGAUCUCUGUGUCCAAAGACCUCGAACCAUUUAUGGAGUGUCCAAAGUACACGGAGAACUAAUGGGGGAGUACCUCUAUCAUAAAUACGGCCUGGAUUUCCGCUGCCUACGUUACCCAGGUGUGAUAUCAGUUAACACACCGCUAGGGGGAGGAACAACAGACUAUGCCGUACAAAUCUUCCAUGAUGCUCUCAGCACAGGUCACCAUGAGUGCUACCUUCAUCCAAACACCCGUCUACCCAUGAUGCAUAUCUCUGACUGCCAUCGUGCCACCAUAGAGUUCAUGCAGGCUCCGGAGUGUCAGUUGUCCCUGCGGACCUACAACAUCGCAGCCAUGAGCUUCACUCCAGAAGAAGUGGCUCAAGAAAUCCGCAAGCAUAUCCCAAACCUCACAGUCACCUACACUCCCGACUCUGUCCGCCAGACUAUCGCAGACAGCUGGCCCAUACGGUUUGAUGAUUCCAACGCCAGGAGAGACUGGGGCUGGUUUCCAGCCUUUGGACUGGAAGAGCUGGUGUUGGACAUGCUGCGGUCCAUUCGAGAGAAGAGGACCAACGAGGGUUUGCCAGUCAGAUAACAAAGACUGACCAGUGUCUGACCGACAUUUACACACACACACACACACACACACACUGAAGCUUUUCCCCACUUGCACAUUGUCUUCCACAAAUGAGCCAAACUGCAUGAAAAGUGGGAAUUCUCAGAAACUCAGUGAGAUGUUGACGAUCAAAACCUCAUUAUUCAGGGAACUGCAUCCUGUCAAACCUUGACUUCAAUUUUUGUUCAUUUAAUUAUCAUCAAAGAUCAUUUGACACAUGUUGCCUCGGAGAAAACACCAGAUGACUUCAGAGAUUUCCAGAUGUUAUUUGGAUUCACGGAAACAGCUUGUUUGAAUGUUUGGUACAAUAUGGACAUUUACAGUAUGACGUCCAGUUUGUCUGAAUCAUCUGGAACAGUUUAUACGUGUAAUGUACAUGAUCUACUCUGGUGUUUUUAUAAUGCACAAGAAAGUUCAAUACUGUGUACAACUUGUACUAACAAUAAACUUUUUUUUCCUUUUUUUUUGCUGAUAGUAUAAUUUUGGUUAAUUAUUACUUACAAACAGCUUUAUUUGCAGUCACAUUGCAAUGA